AGAAGAAGAAGCCGCCCCUGCCCGGGCCAGAGAUGCUGCGCUCCCCGCUGGCCCCCGCCUGCCUCCUGGCUGCGCUGCUCUGCGGGGGGGUCCGCGCUGCCCGAGUUAACAAGCACAAACCGUGGAUCGAAACAACUUACCAUGGCAUAGUUACUGAAAACGACAAUACAGUCUUGUUGGAUCCUCCGCUAAUAGCACUGGACAAGGAUGCGCCACUCCGCUUCGCAGAGAGUUUUGAGGUGACAGUCACCAAAGAAGGUGAGAUUUGCGGAUUUAAAAUCCACGGGCAAAAUGUCCCCUUUGAAGCCAUGGUGGUGGAUAAGUCCACCGGCGAGGGCAUGAUACAAUCCAAAGAGAAACUCGACUGCGAGCUGCAGAAGGACUACACGUUUACCAUCCAAGCCUACGACUGUGGGAAAGGACCAGAUGGCGCCAACGCGAAAAAAUCCCACAAAGCGACCGUGCACAUCCAGGUGAACGACGUGAACGAGUACGCGCCCGUGUUUAAGGAGAAGUCCUACAAGGCGACAGUGAUAGAAGGAAAGAGGUACGACAGCAUCCUGAGGGUGGAAGCCGUGGACGCCGACUGCUCCCCCCAGUUCAGCCAGAUCUGCCGCUAUGAAAUUGUGACUCCGGACAUUCCCUUUGCAGUCGACAAGGAUGGUUACAUUAAGAACACAGAGAAACUGAAUUACGGCAAGGAGCACCAGUAUAAGCUCACCGUGACUGCCUACGACUGUGGGAAGAAGCGAGCGGCGGAGGAUGUGCUGGUGAAGAUCAGCAUUAAGCCUACGUGCAGGCCCGGCUGGCAAGGCUGGAGCAAGCGAAUGGAAUACGAACCCGGGACGGGCUCCCUGGCCCUCUUCCCCAACAUCCACCUGGAGACGUGUGAUGAGCCCAUCACUUCCGUCCAAGCGACGAUCGAGCUGGAGACGAACCACAUCGGGAAAGGUUGCGACCGAGAUACCUACUCUGAGAAAUCCCUUCACAGGCUGUGUGGCGCUUCCUCCGGCACGGCUGAACUGCUCCCCCCUCCAAGUAACACUGCCAACUGGACGGUAGGCCUUCCGACAGACAACGGCCAUGACAGCGACCAAGUCUUUGAGUUCAACGGCACGCAAGCUGUGAAGGUUCCAGACAACGUUGUUACAGUCAAUAUGAAAGAGCCCUUUGUGAUCUCUGUCUGGAUGAGACAUGGACCUGGGUCAAGGGAAAAGGAGACCAUCCUCUGCAAUUCGGACAAGACAGACAUGAACCGGCACCACUAUUCUCUGUACGUGCACAACUGCCGACUCGUCUUCCUCUUCCGUCAAGAUCCUUCCGAGGGGCAAAGCUAUAAGCCGGCGGAAUUCCACUGGAAACUGAACCAGGUGUGUGACAAGGAAUGGCAUCAUUAUGUCCUCAACGUGGAACUUCCCACAGUGACGCUCUACGUCGACGGCGUCUCCUUCGAUCCCUUCCCAGUGACGGAAGAUUACCCACUGCACCCCUCCAAAAUAGAGUCCCAGUUGGUGGUUGGAGCGUGCUGGCAAGAAUAUACAGAAAAUGAGAAUGACACAGAAAAAGCGACUGAGACACCUUCAGGUGGCGAGCACCGCAUGGCCCAGUUCUUCCGGGGCAACCUGGCAGGCUUGAUGAUCCGCUCUGGUAAACUGGAGAACAAAAAGGUGAUCGACUGUCUCUACACCUGCAAAGAGGGGCUGGAUUUGCAGAUGGCUGAGGGCAACAGUAAAAGCAUGAAGAUCCAGAUGAACCCCAGCCAGUCGGUCUUGACCUUGGAAGGGGACGACAUCGACCAGUUUGACAAAGCCAUGCAGCACAUUUCCUAUCUGAACUCUCGCCAGUUCCCAACCCCCGGGAUCCGAAGGAUCAAGAUCACAAGCGCAGUCAAGUGCUCAAGCGAAGAGGCCUGCAUGGCCAUCCCCUUCGUCGACGGCUACGUCAUGGUCUUGCAGCCCGAGGAGCCGAAGAUCAGCUUGAGCGGCAUCAACCACUUCGCCCGUUCCGCAUCGGAGUUUGAGGGCCCCGAGGGGGUCUCCCUCUUUCCCGAGCUUCGCAUCAUCAGCACGAUCACUCGGGAGGUGGAGCCAGAGGGAGACGGGGAUGAAGAUCCCACAGUCCAAGAGUCUUUGGUGUCAGAAGAGAUCAUGCAUAACUUGGACACGUGUGAGGUGACUGUGGUAGGGGAGGAGCUCAGCCAGGAGCAAGAGAGCCUGGAGGUGGACCUGGUCCGGCUGCAGCAGAAGGGGAUGGAGAUGAGCAGCUCUAACCUCGGCGUGAUCAUUACAGGAGUCGACACCAUGGCCAGCUACGAAGAGGUUUUACAUCUGAUCCGCUACCGCAACUGGCACGCCGCCGCUCUGUUCGACCGGAAGUUUAAAUUGGUCUGUUCGGAGCUCAACGGCCGUUACGUCAGCAACGAGUUCAAAGUGGAGGUGAACGUCAUCCACACGGCCAACCCCGUGGACCACGCCAGCCACAUCGCUGCCCAGCCGCAGUUUGUCCAGCCCGUCCACCAUUCCUUUGUCGAUCUCUCUGGUCACAACCUGGCUAACCCGCACCCAGGGUUUUCAGUGGUUCCGAGCACGGCCACCGUGGUCAUCGUGGUCUGUGUCAGUUUCCUGGUGUUCAUGAUCAUUCUGGGUGUGUUCCGCAUCAGAGCCGCCCACCAGCGAACGAUGCGGGACCAGGAUUCUGGGAAGGAGAACGAGAUGGACUGGGACGAUUCGGCCUUGACCAUCACCGUUAACCCGAUGGAGACGUAUGAGGACCAGCACAGCAGCGAAGAGGAGGAGGAAGAGGAGGAGGAGAGCGAAGAGGGCGAGGAAGAGGACGACAUCACCAGCGCGGAGUCAGAGAGCAGCGAGGAGGAGGAGGGAGAGCAGGAAGACCAACAGAACGUCAGCCGGCAGCAGCAGCUCGAAUGGGACGACUCCACGCUCACCUAUUGAUCCUGGCCUUUUC